AUGGCAACGGCUGUCUCGUUCACAACAUUAUCGCAUCAGCUCACUUCGGACUUGCAAACGCUGGCGUCAGAGUCCAAAAGACGAAACUCGGAAAUCAGAUAUGCUAGUGAGAAAUCUAUCAAAAUUUUGAAAACUGUACACUCUUUUCAAGAGCUUUCAAGGCAUCCCGAUUUCGUUUCGCCAUUUAUACAGUCAUGUUCGUCGAAAAACGCCAAAUGCACGACUAUUUCAAUGCACUGUUUCCAGAGGCUUUCUGUCGACAAAUGCAUACCGUCUGAGCGGAUUCCAGAUGUCUUACAGGCGUUUUCAGAUUCGACCAGGUUGGCCGUCGAAAUCCAGCUUAAAGUGCUCCAGAUUUUGCCCAUGUUUUUCAAGACUUACAGUGAUCAGAUAAUUGGCCCAUUGAGCGCCAAGUUGCUCGUCUGUUGUACAGACCUUCUUCAGAUUCCAAAUAAGGCUCCAAUGGUCGUCGGUACCGCGAGCGCUACAUUACAACAGCUUGUUAAUAGUAUGUUUGAACGAUCCAGGGCGGAGGAAGUCAAAGAAUAUGAAGUAGCAACCAGCAACAGUGAUUUCAUGAAGGUGGGACCUCUUCAGUACGAUAUCAACCGCAUUUUCCACGAUCUGUGCAGCUUAAAUGGCACGACCGACAAGAGCACAAUACUGAAAGUGAGCUGCAUACCUGAAGAAUAUGGUUUGGAAAUUCUAGAAAGUUUAUUUCAAAAUCAUGCGUCCCUGCUCAGACGUCAGCUAGAUUUACAAUUUAUCUUGCGAACCAAAGCUGUGCCACUCCUGCUACGCUCCUAUUCUUCCUCCAAGCAUUUUCCUUUGGUUGUCAGAAGCUCUCGAUGUAUCGCCCUUUUGAUCAGGGUAGAUUUUUUGAAGAUUUUGGAGCUCGAGCUCGAGGUUAUUCUAUCACUGCUUGUACACACGUUAUCGGAAAAUUCGGACUCACCGCACUGGAAAAAGAUUCUUUCGCUGGAAGUUAUCCAAAUAAUUUCUAAAGAUUUCGAUCUAUUACUGGGGAUAUAUCUCACCUACGACAACAUUGCAGAAAGAAAGGACAUACUCAGUUCACUCCUGAGCGCUUUCUUACAGUUGCUUACCACCAAGCCUUACGAGGCAAACCUACACAUCUUGACUGUGUUGCCAAGUCUCGAUAUGGCUCUUAUUUCUCAAGAACAUUCUGUGGCCCGCAUCCCAUUCAUCGAGCUGUUGGACAAAGCUACAGCCCCUUAUGUCGAUGAAAAUUACAUUCUAUACCUAGUCUUGUCGAUUUCUAACUCCAUUUCUGACAAGAUGGGCUUAAAAGCUUUGUCGCUUUCCCAGGGAGAGAAAAACGAAACCUUAAUGAAGAAGGCGGUGUUGAUGUUCUCUCAUGUUUUCCAUGAAUUAUUAAAAAUCCAUGAGAAGUGGUUGUACGCUGCCUCUUUGGAUACUUCACUCUUCAGGUCAGUGGUAAGAUCUUUUCAAAGGCUAGGACAGGCUGCAGGAAUUUUUGGACUCAGUGACAUGCUCAGCCAAUGCCUGCAAAUAUUUUGUGUUGCCGUUAUACAAAUAGAAGAAGAGGUUCUCUCGUCACCACCCGAAGAAGAAGGAUAUUCUUCAUCUAAUGGGGUCUUCACAGCCCUUGCGGACACCUUCAGCGAACCGGGCUUGCCAAGCCAUAGUGUUUCUCAUAAAUCGCAAGCGCUUCAGCGUCCCAGAUAUCAAAGAACUAUUGGUCUAUUUCGGGCAAUGAUAUCUCUCUCAAUCUCCCUGGGAUCUUCGUUCACAGUGGAAAAUUGGAGAUACGUUUUGGUAGCCUGGCAAUGGACAGCUCAUUAUAGUGAGGAUGAGACGAAACCUUUCGACUCUAGUAACAAGAGCCCUCAAAAAUGUAGGCUCUCAAAAUCAGAUAUCACCGCAAUCGAAUCAAGUGUUUCGAAAUUAGUAGAAAGCACAGAAACUUAUUCUAAUGAAUCUUUCUCGAUUUUAAUCGAGAGCAUGAUGACUGAGGCGAGAAACACUCUACGACUCGAUGAGGAUUCUGACCUCAUAACUGAAACCGAUUUUCGUCCACUUGAUAAAGCAGGUAGCCCACAAAACUGCAAAUUUAAUCGAAACUUCUUCUUGAGUGGAAUCGGUAUUAUAGCAGAAUAUAAUUCCGGUCGACUCACAGAAAGCAAGGGUCAACGGUGUUGGAGUAAAAUUGUUGAUUUUUUGAUUGAAAUUGCUUCAAGGCGCCAUUCGGAUUCUUCUUUCACUACCUCUAGAUUAUGCGCGGCCAGUGCUUUGACGAAUCUAUUGUCUGAAGUGGCAGUUGGGUUCUCUGACGCGAAAAACACGCAAGAUAGGGAAAUAAUCAACUUAAUACAAGAGCACAUUUUGAAUGCACUCCAAAAAUUGAUCAAGGCCAUCGUUAAGCUUGGAAUUUCAAAAGAUGACGUUUACAGUGGAACGGUUAACACAGAAUUCGAAAUCAUUUUUUUGGUUCUUCGAACUCUGAAGCGAUUCUUAGAUGAUUUUGGAGAGUCAAUGAAAUCGUCUUGGGAUAUGGUUUUUGAGAUCCUCAAUUCACCUUUCAUGAUUACCGGUGGCAAUCUCGACUUGACGGGAUUUGAUGGCGUUGAAGAUAACUCUAUGCUUGAAGUAAUGACCACCAAAAACAAUAGCAUGAUACAAAUGUCUUUUGACGUUUUCAAGUUAAUCACUGACGAUUUUCUACAAACUUUACCUUUGAAAGCCAUUGAGAGUUUGAUAGACACGUUGGUGCAUUUUGUUUCUCAAAAGGAAGAUUUGAACAUAUCAUUUUCGUCAAUAAGUCAGUUUUGGAUCGUGGGAGACUAUUUAAGGGUUUGCAUUGAAAGUACUGACCAGUCUCAGAAGUCUUUGAGUCCUGCAUUUCUAGAGAAUCUGUUCGAAACUUCAACUGUUAAAGCUCUCACAAAUCUAGCACAGAACAAAUUCGAGAAAUGUAAUGCUUUAUGGUUGUAUCUUUUGGAGAACCUAAUACGAUGCAGCAGCGAUCCAAGAAUUGAGGUGAAAAGUGGAGCUCUUCAAACAUUUUUCAGAAUAGUGGAUUCUCACUCCUCCUGUUUCCCGCCUUGGGAUGUAGUCGCGUUGAGAGUUGUUAAGCCAAUGGUCGAAGAUGCAAGUGCUUUCAAAGAUAAUGCACAGUAUGCCGAGUUUGUGCAUGUAAAACUAAAUGGUUUGGUACAUUUAUUUGAAACGCAUCUCAAUAAUCCUGCUACCUGCGCACCUUUCAUGACUUCAUGGCUAGCGUUUAUCGAGUACAUGAAAAGUCUAACGUCAAGGUCAUCUUUUGAUGUCACUUUCGCAGUUUUUGUCAAUUUUAAGCUUUUCUUGGAAGUUGCGGCUCGAAUCCAGGAUGUUCCAGUUCAAAUUAUUGAGCAAUGUUACAAGUUUUGGUCAGGCUAUGAUAUUGUCUAUACAGACUACUCAGCGGCGUCGGAAUUCAAAAGAAAAACAAGCUACGAUUGCAUUGAGCAACUUCUCUCUUGUUAUCCUUCUUUACACACGCUUUUGGUUCAAAAGAAACUAUUUGAUGGAAAGAAAAUGGAAGCCGCCUUGAAUGUGCUCAAUACGGCCGCCAGGUAUCCUUUACUUCCUGGUUUUGCGUCUGAUCACAAGAAGCCCUCUUCUUUGCAAUCUCUUGUGCUUCAAUGCCUCGAUGUUUUUGACAUUAAUCUAUCAUGCAAACUCGAAGCUUUGUUCCUAGCCCAGUUAAGUGCGUUCGUUGUCUUGCCGUUUGAUGCUCGGCAAAAAAUUGAAAUGAAAUUAGCUCCCAAACUCACGAGUGCAUCAUCCAGUGCCAAAGUGCCCUCUUUCGAGGCAGUGAGUUAUAAGGCCUGUUUGUUUUUACAUCACCGCUUAAUAACCUUGCUCGAAAACAAUGCAGAAUUUCUCGAUCCGAAGCACAUUUUGAGAUUAAGCAAAAACCUACAAGACGUGGUUAAAGCCAAGUCUCUCAUAAACCUCGAUGAACAUAAAAAUGUUGCAUUGUGGUGUCUCGCUUCCCAAUGUUUCUAUAUCAUUUCUCGAAAAGUAAUUGAGAGCGCAGCCAGUACCAAACUCUUCGACCCCACGGCUGACUUCAAGGCUAAAUUCGGCGACAAUUUCCUUGUGUUUGCAGUUGCUCCCAUCAUAAGAAUCAAUGCCAACGUUGACGCUCUAACAGAAGGCGACGAUAUUAUAGAAUUCCAAAAUUUCAACAAGCUUUUUUUUCAAGGACUGGAAAACAAUGUUUUUGGUGAAGAGCUUCUUGAUUAUUACGCUUCGGAAAUUCGCAAAUCGUCCUUCUUUUAUGAAUUGGAUGAGAUAGAGGAUGCUAUAGUGAGAGACAGCUCAUCCCUUGGAGAAGUUACCACAAUACUCGCCUCAUUCCCAUUUGACGAAGUUCUCGGAUCUACAAAUCAACCGCCGCUCCUGACAAAAGUCAAUCUCACAAAGAAAUGUGUUGAGACUCUUGCUGAUUUCAUGAUUUCAGAUGGGAAAGCAAGCCAAAUUUUAAGACGAACUUGUUUGGUAUACUUCGUCUCGAGGUGUGCGUUCGCCCUACGACGGUUUAUUUCUAUCGUUUCUCUACUUAAUGAAGCGCCUGUGUCCAAGGUGACAAAGGGCGAGAUAUACUGCGUUCUUAGUGGAUUUCUGAACGUGGCACGACAUUUGAAGGUUUAUGCUGCUAGCGAGGAAUUGAAUGAACUUGGGAUCCUCUACGCGCUUAUUUUAAAGACAAUACCAAGCGCUCACAAGGUAAAAGGAGUUCAGUUGAUCAUUCAAGAGCUUUCAUUAACAUUAACUCAGAAUCAAGUUAAGAAAUAA